CGCACCUCUUUACUCCAGUUUGUUCAUUGGCUUUCGUGGUCACGUGGGCCUCAGUGGCUCUUGUUAUUAUAGUUGUGUUCACAUGACUCGAAAGUGAGUACCUGCAGCUUGCUUGAACCACAUGACAUCAUUAGUGGCCGUGACGUUUCUCGCACGGCGCUCAGCUUUCUACAAACUGUCUUAUUGGGAAACUGGAGAAGGCCGCGGAUACAGUGGUCGCAAUGCAACUGGAAUGGAAAACAUCUGUAACGUAUAAAUAUAUGGGAGGCAAAAUCCCCUCUUAGUAGCUGUUUAGUGUUCUUGCAUUUAAAUGUUUGUAGGUAUUUACUUAAAGACUUCCUGCUGAUGUCAUAUGUUAGAAUGGCAUCUCUAAGCUGAACGCUACAUUCUUGAAUUUUAUGGGUACAAUGGAUGAACCCCAACGUGUGCAGCUAACUUGCCUGUCAACUGCUACUUCACUCCAUCCUCCUGCUCCAAAAAGGCCACGGAUUGAGGAAAAAGGGACACCUGCUACUGUUCGCCUUACACUUACUCUAAUCGAACCAGAUCACAAGCGUUGUUCAGAGUUCUACUACCCUGAACUGUUGAGAAGCUCACAAUCUAGGGAGAAGAGAGGUCAAUCAGGAGAGAAAGUGAGGACUCAGAAGAAAGUUCCAAACCUGAUUAAUGAAGAUGCUGCAGAGAGUAAAGAGGUGGCAGAAAUAGCCCAGAAGUUUGAGGAGAAAUAUGGCUGCAAGAAGAAGCGGCAAGACCGCAUGCAAGACUUAAUUGAUAUGGGCUAUGGUUAUGAUGAGACGGAUUCAUUUAUAGACAACUCAGAAGCGUAUGAUGAGCUUGUGCCGGCUUCUUUGAGCACAAAAUAUGGAGGGUUUUACAUCAACUCAGGAACACUGCAGUUCAGACAAGCAUCAGAAUCCGAAGAUGAGAAGAUCAAAGAGAAAAAAAAGAAAUCGCCCAAGAAAAUGAAAGAAAGAGGGGAUAAAGUGAAAAAGAAAAAAAGAGAAGAGGAGAAGAAAUCCAAGAAAACUAAACAUCCAAAGCCUGGAUUCACAGCCCUGAAUGGGGCAAAAGAGAAGAAGAAGAAGCAGCACUCUGUCUCCUAUAAUGAGAUGAUAAAGCAAUUUCAACAAGAGAAAGAUGCUCAAAAUGCCAAAUCAGCUGUACCGUCCUCACCCUUAACUGUUAAAUCAUCCUCAACGUCUGCUGUUAAACCUUCCUUAGCUCCUAGUAGUAAAACCACUUCCGCUUCCACAAUGAAGAUCGUGUCCUCUCCUAGUAUCAAAUCAUCACCCUUGACUACUCUCAAAGUGUCCUCCUCUCCCACUUCUAAACUAUCUCCCUCCCCUGCUGUGAAAACCUCUCCAUCCCCCGGUCAUAAAUUUCCCCCCUUUUCUACUCAUAAAACUUCUGCCUCUCCCAUUCCUAAAGCUCCUCCAGCUCUGAAACCAGCACCCUCUACCACCACUAUGAAAACAGGGUCUUCCCUUCAUAGAUCUUCUCCAUCUCCUACUCAAAAACCUUCCAUACCUUCAACCUCACCUCCUAUACCAGCACCAACCCUGAAGGAGGCUGAACCCAUCUCAGUUCCCUGUCUGCCUACAAUAGUUCAUGAUAAACAGAUCUUACAGGCAGCCAGUGCCACUGAUUCCCUGAAUGAGAAGGUGCAGGAGAAUCUAUGCAAACAAUCUGAGAAACAGGGUGGAAACAAGCAGGCUUUACCUGAUCAUGGGGAGGACUUCAAGAAGCCAACAACUAUACCAGAAGGAUUGCCUAGUGCUCUUGAAAAAAGGAUCAAAGAACUCUCAAAGGCUGUUAAAGUGUCAAAUGGUGACAACAAAACCAUAUUAUUUACCCAAGAGAUGAACAGUGCUCUUCUUGACAUCUAUCUUUUGUCAAGAGAUCUUAGUUCUGCGCUCCGUUCGUCAGUAUUUACGCAUCUCUCCUCUGUCAUCCCAUGCAACAAAGAAACUCUGGUAAAAUGGGCAUGUCACCUUCAUGUGCACAAAGAGAGUGGUAAAUUAAGGGAACCUCUCAGUAAACUUAAGGAAGCUGUUGCAAGAGCAAUCCCUGAACAAAUUAACAAGUACCAUGAAGAGUGCAAGGUGCAUAAUCAGGCAAAGUAUGCAAGAAUGCUGGAAGAAGAGAAGGAGCAGAAGUUGGGGUCAGAAGAUGAGGAGGAAGAGGAGAAAGGUGGAAGAAAGUCAGCAGGACCCAGAAAGAAGUUUAAGUGGAAUGAAGAAAUCAGAACUCUGUUUAAGGAGAGCCGACGUAUUUGUCCACAGCUCAGUUCCAUUUUGCUUAAGAACAAAGUAGCAGUUCAACAGAAAUUGAAUUCAAAGGAUUCUUCUCACAAACAUGUAAACAAGUCUGAUUCUCCCCCUUCUGAGACACCUGGACCUCCUGGAGCAGUUUCUAUUUCAACCAAGGAUGCAUCUGCUCCUGUAUCCUCUCCCUCUUUAGCUGCUGCAUCUCCACUCUUAACUUACUCCCAGGACAACUCUCUUGAUGGAGAUCUUAUUCAUAAUCCCCCGUCUCUUGAAACUGUGUCAGCACAUUUGACAACUGUUAGUAAUCGGACAGGAGGCUUCAGCUUUGACUUUCCAUCUUCUCCGUUGUUAGAGAAAACUUUGCAGGUAGAGGAAAAGAAGAAACAAUGUCCACCACCUUCUCAGACCAUCUCCUCCAAUUCCUUACAGCCACCUAAAGGGUUUUUGGUUGAUACCUCUAUGACAUUAGCACCGGACAAAAAGACAGUAAUCUCAAAUCAAAGCUUGAAGUCUUCUGAAAUCCAGCAGGAAAAGCAGAAACAAAAUCAUCACAUGCAGUUAAAAACUCCUCAGCUGUCUAGCCCAUCUUUGCAACCCUCUGUGAAACUUUACCAAAUAAACAGUCAGCACACAAAGGGAUCAUUCCCACAUUCUACUCUCAGUGGAAGCCCAAGGAGUACAGUUCUGUCACCUCCACAAAGGCCAGUCAUCUCUCAAGCCAAACCUUCUAAACCUCAGGGUUUUCACCUCACAUCUUCAAACAGCCUUCACAAACCCAUAAUGUCUCCAGGCCUUGUAGUCAAGCAACCAGGAAAACCUAGCUCCACUGUGCAGCAGGUGUACAGACCACCAGUACCCAGAAAUCCAGUUCCUCCAAGCAGUAGCCCAGGAACUGCUAAUGGCCAGAAUUUAACUCUAACUGUUUCGAUGAACCAGCCUCCUCCAAGCCACCCUAGAAAUACUAACAUUGUUCCUAAUAAAAAACCCAUUCAACCACCUCAGAAGCUAACUCUAGUGGCACCCCAACAUUCAGGAGGAGGUACACAUGGAGUAGCCAAGCUGCUGACAUCCCCCAAUAUCAAUCAGUCCACAAAAAGCGUUAUCAGCUCUCCUCUAAUCACCUCAUCCACAUCUUUGACUGUGCUGACGCCAUCUUACAAACACAAUGGUGCAAAGAUCCAAGGACCGACACCCAUAAGACUCCUGACCCCUCCGUCUAUACACCCAUUCCCACUCCAUGUCCUCUCCUUUACAGCUGAUCCCUCACCAAAACCAGGACCAUCCAAAGAUGCUGUUGUUACUGGGCCCGCACCAGGCACUUUUAACCAUGGACUUUCACGGAAUCUUGUUGGUGGCCUACAAGCUAACACGGCUCAACCUUCCACCGCUAUCCCUCAUCAAACCGUGUCUUCACACUUACAGCCAGGGCAGACAGGUAACGUAGGACUUCCCCAUGUAUAUGGUUAUUGUAUGAUAUAA